GACCAUCACCCCGACGCCCGUCGCCCGCCGCUCCUUCCCCUGCCCGCUCCUUCCAGAGGCCCCGGCCUCAUAUACAUAACAAACAAACAAACAUUAUCGUGCACGACGACAACAUAUCCAAACGAUGCGCCGCAACGCCAACGCUGCCCGCGUCCUCACUUUCUUUUCCGUCCUCGCUGUCCUUGUCACCGUCGCCCUCGCCCACGCCUAUCCAAAAGAUGUCCUAGAACGCACCGAUGCCCACGUCGCUGCCCACAAGCGCGCAUUCCAGCACCAUCCUCGCAUUGACCUCCUCGGCGGCGACGGUGCUGACGGCGCCGACGCUGGAGCCGCGUCCUCCACCGCCGCCGCUUCGCCUGCUGCUUCCUCAGCCGCUGAUACGGACACCCAGCCCGCUACUACUUCUACAUCUGUCGAGACAGCUCCGACUACCAGCUCGUCUACCGAGGCAGCCGCUACGUCUACCUCCGAUACCCCUACGAGCACCGCUGCGGAGACAACCUCGUCCUCGUCUGCGGUCGUACCAACUACUUCUAGUUCAACGGCUGCCGCCACUACCUCUUCCUCUGCUGUCGUUCAGACAACUUCUUCUUCUUCUUCCUCGUCUGUCGUUUCGACGACAUCGUCCACUUCUAGUUCCUCGGUGGCCACUACAUCUUCAUCGUCUACUUCCACAACUUCCUCCUCUACGACCACAUCCUCCUCUUCCACGACUAAGGCUGCUACUACAUCUACUAUCGCUGCCGCCGUGACCUCCACAUCGACCACCAAGAAGGCUAGCUCUACCACCUCUAAUGCCGGUACUGCGUCUGGCGACGCGACCGCAAGCACAGUCAGUGCCUCCUCGACUGCAGCGGCCUCCGACACCACUAGCUUCUUCGAGAACAAAUCCGCCGUCGCCGGUGUCUUCACUACCGUCGGUGUGAUCGCAGCAGGCAUUAUCGGCUACUUCGUCUACUACUUCAUUCGCAAACAACGCCUCGCGCGCGAACGCGAGCUCGAGGACGAAGACUUUGCGUACUACGAGAAGAACGUCGCGCCCGGCCCCGAGCCGGAAUACGCCACCGCCACCAACGGCGCCGGCGGAAAUGGAGGCCAUUCGCAUUCCAACUCGGGUCAUGGACACGACUUGACGGAGGACGACGCGGUGGCGCCCGCCAUGGACGGCGCGUAUCCAGAUCGGGAGAUCCAUUAUGGACCUAACGGGGGCUACGACGGUCAUGGCAAUCCGAAUGCCGCUCACGGUGGAUAUGACGGAAACGGGAUGUACGUCGACGAGGACGAGGCGCUCGCUGCUGCCGUCCCACGUGGGAACCUGUUCCGCAAGCCGACGUACUCGGGCGUCGAGUUCCCCCCUGGGGCGUACUUCCCCGAGGGCGGCCAGUCCGACGGCGCGUACCAGCAGCACCCUGACGCGAGUCAGUACCAGCACCAGCAACAGUACGCGGACAUGAGCCAGGGACAGUACCCCGCGCAAUCGCAGGCUCAGACGGCUCAGAUUCAGUAUCCGAGCGCGACUGCCGCUGCUGGGAUGCCGCCGUUGCAAUUGUCGCAGGCGCAGAAGCCGGCGUAUGGGAGCGAUGCGGCGUUGCAGCAGGUUCAUGGGCAGGGUCAGGCCCAGCAUCCGUUUGCGGAUCCGAUACAUAGGGGACAGAGUGCUAGUGGGGCUUGGACGGGGGAGGACGCGUAUGGGGGAGGCUAUGAUGGCGUGCAGGGCGCGUAUGGAGGAUAUGAGCAGGGACAGGCAGGCAGGGUGGAGUCGGUUUAUGGGAUGAAUUUCGCGGGGCAGGGUGCGGGUGGGCCGAGGGGUGCGGUGGGAAUGGCGCAGUGAGUGGGUGGUUGAUGUGGUUAGGUGAUGAUGAUGGGGUGAUGAGGCGGAGUCCUGGCCCGCUUUGAGCAGGCCUGUCCGGUCUUUACGUUGUCUUUCUUCGUCCUCUCGUCGCUUACCAUCCCAUCUCAACCCAUCGCAUCGCAUCACACCACACCACGUCACACCACGCACUCUUUCCCUAUAUCUUAUCUAUUACGAGCACGCACUCAGGCAGGCUGUCGUUGUACUCCUGUUCCCCCUCUCCCCUUCCUGUUACUUACCCCCACCGCUCUAGUCGGUCCCAACCCGUACAUACGCUACAUACUUACAUACGUUGUUGUCCCGCGUCUUCGUCUGUCGUUUGUGCAACCUCUGUGUUUUGUUCCUGUCCUUGUCUUGUCCGCUGUUUGUCUUACCUCCCGUUUGUUCGAACGUCCGCCGUCUCCGUGCGUGCACCCUGACCCCCUGACCUGACCUUUUUCGUCUGACCUGACCCUGAUCGUCCGCGACUCUGCGCUACCAUUCACCACCUUCAAGUUUCCCGCUUUAUUGAGUUCAUAUUCUUUCGCCCGUCGCGCUGCCUCUCUUCUACUUACUUACCCUUCUUCUUUCCGGUCCGGGUCCAUUUACUUAUAUACUUGGCCGCCAUAUACGUACGUACGUAUUUCUAUUUGGGCUCUUGUUCUCAUUUUCUGGGCUUUGAAUGCUCGGUUUUGUGGUUAGGUUUUGAAUGUUUUUUGUUUGUCUGUUUGGUUGGUUGGCUGUUUGGCUGUUUAUAGCUUCAUUUAUCGG